CAUUUAUAUCCGCGCACCAAGCCUAAUAAUGUUGGACAUGAGGUGGUGUGUUAAGAGUCCCACGUCGGUUACAAGAUGUACUUAUAUAUAUAUUUAUAAAAUGAAUUUCAUUAAGUUGAAAAACCAAACAAUCCAAUACCUUUAAUUUCAAGAAAUGAAGACUCCACUCCACUAUAUAUAGUUAGCUAAAUUAAAGCCUUGUCACAAUUACCAUAUAUAUGAAAAACUUCAAGUAAUGGCUUAUGCAACCCUUUAUCAUUUUAAUGCAAGUUUGCACCAUUAUCAAUGUUGUUACUGCAAGCAAUGACUUGAAAUUGAGAUCAAAAUUCUCAUCCAUUUUAGUCUUUGGUGACUCAACAGUAGACACAGGAAACAAUAACUACAUCAAAACAUUGGCCAAAGGAAAUCAUUUACCAUAUGGUAGGGAUUUUCCUAAUCAUGUACCUACAGGUAGAUUUUCUAAUGGAAAAUUGGCUAUUGAUUUUCUUGCAUCUACAAUGAAUCUCAAAGAUACUGUCCCUCCUUUCUUGGACCCAAACCUUUCAAAUGAAGAGCUUCUAACAGGUGUUAGCUUUGCAUCUGGAGGAUCAGGUUUUGAUGAUUUGACGAUAGCUUUAUCAGGUGCUAUAUCAAUUUCCAAACAAACUGAAUAUUUCAAAAAUUAUGUGACAAAGGUUAAAAGCAUUGUAGGGGAAAAAGAAGCUAAAAAUAGACUUGGAAAUGCUUUGGUGAUUAUUAGUGCUGGAACUAAUGACUUCCUUUUCAAUUUUUAUGAUAUUCCAACUAGAAGGUUGGAGUUCAACAUUAGUGGAUACCAAGAUUAUAUUCAAAGUAAACUCCAAAUUUUCAUUGAGGAACUAUAUGACCUUGGAUGCAGAAAAUUUGCUGUGGCUGGGCUUCCAUCUAUUGGUUGCAUACCUGUUCAAAUAACAGCUAAGUUUGUAAAUUUAAAGGAUCGGAAAUGUGUGGAGGAUGAGAAUUUAGAAGCUAAGAUUUAUAACCAAAAAUUGGCUCGGAGAUUACUUAAAUUACAAGCAGUGCUUCAAGGAAGCAGAAUUAUAUAUACAAAUAUAUAUGACCCUUUGAUUGGCCUUAUCUAUCAUCCUCAAAAAUAUGGUUUCGUGGAAACAAGCAAAGGAUGUUGCGGAACUGGCUUAUUUGAAGUAACUCCAUUGUGUAAUGAACUCACACCAGUUUGUAAUGAUGCCUCAAAAUAUGUAUUUUGGGAUAGCGUACAUCCAACUCAAGCAACCUACAAAUAUAUUGCUAAGUACUUAGAAUUGGAAGUCCUGCCUAAGUUCCAAUUUCAAAGAGAUUAUAAUAUAUUUGAUUGAAGUUGAGAAAUUUGUACUUCAUUGUAUAUAGUACAAAGAAUAUGAGAUCAUUUGGGAGUCUAUGUACUACUCGUUCAUUUGUAGUAAAAAUAAUGCCACUCUUAUAAAAAGAAUGAAUCAAUGUGAUGCGGUCGCAAUUGCGAAAACUACAUGCACUUUUUGCGUAUAA